AUGGUAACAUCCCAACAGCGACCGCAGGCCGCACCACCGGUCCUCUCACACGAGGCUCUUCCAGCCAGUGAGUUGCAAGCGUUGACAUUUGCUGUGUUCUCAGCACCUGCCAACUUGGAAACUGGGGUUUCUGCUCAGGACUUGGGCUUACAAGCCACACUUUGUGACGUCCAGUGCCGUCCCAGCAGGCAAGCCUCAGACUUCUGUGGUGGUUGGCGGACGUCCCGUUGCGAAGCUGUGCAGACUCACAGGUGCGUCCCGCCGGGCUGGCGGCUCCUACCCGGCCGCAUUCCUCUACCUAAGUCAACAUCCCCGGCUGCAGCCCCAAACAUGCUCGGGCCUUGCUUAGCAACCACCCGACCGCAGCCCGGAGCCCCGCAGCCAAGCAGCCCCGGAGCCGCACAACCCUGCAGCCCCGCAGCCCGAUCACCCCCAAGCCCGCAGCUCCGCAGCCCCGCAGCCCCGGAGCCGCACAGCCCUUCAGCCCCGCAGCCCGACCACCCCCAAGCCCGCAGCCCCGCAGCCCCGGAGCCCCGGAGCCGCACAGCCCGGUGCCCCGCCGCCCCGCCGCCCCGCCGCCCCGCCGCCAGCAGCGCCCCGACCCCGGGACUCAGCGCCCGGCCCCUCCCCGGCGCCCGCUCCUUUAAAGCCCCGCGAAGCCCACAACCCGGAAGCCGGACGUCUGAGGUCCACGCGGCCCGGGGCUGGGCUCCGGCUCGGGCGGGGGCGGGGGCGGGGGCGGGGGCCCCGAUCCGGGGUGCGGGGGCCCCUUCCCGCGGCUGCAGGACGUCCCGGGGGCCCGGAGGCGCGCGCCGCGACCACCCCCUCCGCGUUCCCCGCCCACCGCCGGCCGCGCGCCCCGCCGAGCCCGCCCCGCGCCCGCCCCGCCGAGCCCGCCCGGUGCCCGGUGCCCGGUGCCCGCGCUCCCCACGCAGCCGCGCUGGGCGGCCCCGCGGCGGGGCGGGCUCGGGGCGGGCGGCGGCCGGGCCGGGCCGGGCGGCGAUCGCUUCAGGAAGUGACAAGUCGAUUUCCUCCGCCGAGCCGCUCGUACAAAGCGCCGGGCCGGCAGGGAGCGUGCGCGGCGCGGCGCGGCGGCGGGGCCCGAGGACGCGGCGGCGGAGGCGAGCGGGGCGGCCGCGCACGGUGAGCCCUGCGGUGCGGGGACGGGGCGCGGGGACCGGGACCCGCAUCCAGCCCGCCUUUCCGGGCGCCCGGCUGUCGGCGGCGCGCUCCCUGGGCUGCACCCCGUUCCGGGGGUCGGGGGCUCCGGCGGCUUCUCGGGGCGCCCCGGCUGCCCCCCACCUCCGGGCCGGCGUGAGACUUGUCAGCGCGCUGCGGGGGAGGCUCGGGCCGCCGGGGUCUGCGGGGAGUCCGCUGCCGCCCCGGGGCGCCCACCCCGCCGCCCCCGGAGCCCAAAGUUCCCGCAGCGCCGGCAGCCAACUCUUUUGUUCGCGGAAGUUUGCGCCCGGCGGCCCCGGGGUGCGGGCGGGCUGCGGGGCGGGGGCGCGGGGUUCGGGCACAUGGCCGGGAGGGGGCCGUCCGACUGGCACGGGCGCACGGGCCGGGCCCCCCUUCGGCCAGCCCCCGCUUUGCAAGCCGGUGGGAGCCGGCUGGGCUUCCCCGGGUCGGGGUUCACCCUCGGCGGGGGCGGAAGGGGGCGAGCGCACCCCGAGUCGGGGAAGGGCUCCCCGGGCACCUCCCCGGCGCCCCCCCACCCCCGCGCGCCGGACUCGGGGAGCGAUGCUCGGGGGCGCGGACUGGCUGGGCCCCCCGGGCGCCCCCUCCCCCCCCCCAGAAACCGGGGUUCGUGAACGCGUCCCGGACUUGGUACGACGGGGAACAAAGAACAGCCCUGCGCCGCGUCUGAUGAAUGGGAUUCCGCCUCCUAUAGGCCACACUCCGCGUCUCCACGCGUCGCCCGCUCCGGACUCGGGGUCCCCGGUGGCCCCCGGGACCCGGGCGCGACAUCUGCCCUGUGCCCCGGCCGGAGCGGGCCGCCCGGCGCUGCCCACUGCACUGACCCUCCGCCUGCCCCGCUGA